AUGGCGGGGUUUCAUCGGGUCGGGCAUGGGUCUGUGAGACCGACGUCGGGUGAUUCAACCCCAGCGUCGCUCGUGGCCGCCUGUGCGCUCAACGAUCCAACCACGGCCAUGGAUCUGCUGGCCAAGUGGCCCGAUCAGACCCAGGAGGCGGCCUUGGCCCAUGCGGAUUCGGUCGGAAAUACGGCGCUGCACAUGGCCAGCCGCCACGGACAUGCAGAGCUCGUGCGUCAGCUAGUCGAUCUCGGUGCUGACGUCAACAACAAGACAUAUCUUAACGGCCAGACCCCCCUCCACGCGGCCUGCGCCAAAGGCCGCCUCGAGGUUGUGCGCUACCUCUUACAGCUGGCUGCCGCCGGAGAGCUGCCCCACGAAGACGUCCUAGCUGAAGCCGAGGAGGUGGAUGACUUUGAUGAAGUUGAAGUUGGUCGCCCACGUCCCCCCUCCACGCCCACGCAUUGCCUUUUGCUGUUGGAUUCCUGCCGUGUUCUCUCUCGUCACCCACUCACUGCCCUCAAUCUUUGCUUGGUCUAG